AGAGGACCACAAAUGUAUUAAGAUGACCCUAAACUAAGAAAUCCGAAUCAUGAAAACCAAACGCCAGAAAAGUUAUCUAUUCAAAAAUGAAGUACUAAGUGUACAAAUGCCGUACAAAUAGCUCCGUUUCGAAUAAGGGUUAAGUUGAGAUAAAUUAAUUGUAAUUGCUCUACUCUCUGGAGCCACCACUUGAAACAAUGCUAUCAAAAAUAUCUCCUGACCUGAUCAUCUAGUAAGCAGCCCAAACAAACAAAUCCAAUCACAGUAGUCGUUCGUUUCCUUUGUCAAAUUAUUUAAUAGUUGCGUAAAUUUCUACACCUAGUUUCUCGUUCUCGUCCUGUUAAAGGACUGGAAGGAGAGUUCCGAAAUUACCUGUUCCUGGAUUUCGAUCAAGGCCACCAAAUUCUAUUUGCUAUUUGUACCCGAACUUGAUUGAACUUAUUGAACAUGGAAACUUGUGAAGUCAUCACCGGUGCCGAUUGUCCUCCGGAGGUGUGUUGCCCGGAACCGGAAGCGGACUGCUGCUAUGCCGAGCCAACAACGAACACAGAUCAGCUGGUAACGCCGAUCAUCGGGGACAGUCCUUGCGUCGUGGACCCAUCGUGUCCAGCUGAUCCCUGUCCAAUGGUUUGUGGACCAGCCCCUGCCCAGUGCCAGAACUGUGCCUGCGGCAAGCCGGAUUGUGUGCCGAAGAAAGUGGUAAGUUACGACAUAAAACGUAAUCAAUUUUUACUGUUUGAAGAGUAA